GUACCAUCUAUACAAAUUUGUCUGCCAUCACCACUAAUACAUACUUUUUAUAUAUAUCGUAGAAUCUUUGGCGAUAUUACAAAUUCUUAACUACAAGUUAGCGUAAUACAGAUGAACUUGUGCUUAUAAAGAGGCAAAUAAUACGCAGAAAAGAGCAACGUAUCUGUGUUUGAGCGGAUCGAGGUUUUAGGUUUCCUAAAAUGGUUGAUAACAUCAACAUAUUAGGUUCAAUCCCUAAAUACAAUUCAAUUAGCGAAGAAGGAGGAAUUAAGGAGCAAGAUAGGUUGUUACCAAUAGCUAAUGUGGGGAGGAUUAUGAAGCAAAUUCUUCCCCAAAACGCCAAGAUUUCGAAAGAAGCCAAAGAAACAAUGCAAGAAUGUGUAUCUGAGUUCAUUAGCUUUGUUACUGGAGAAGCAUCGGAUAAGUGUCACAAAGAGAAGCGUAAGACAGUGAAUGGAGAUGAUAUUUGUUGGGCUUUGGGAAGUCUAGGGUUUGAUAAUUAUGCUGAGCCUUUUAAGAGGUAUUUGCAUAGGUAUAGAGAAUCUGAGGGAGAAAAAGCUAACCAAAAUAAGGCUGCUACUGGCAAUAAUAAUACUGAAGAAAGGGAGAAAGAUGAACCACAAAGGAAAUCUACAGUUUUACCUACUCAGUGCAGAAAUCUCCAGGGAAGAUUUUAUGGUCCUUAAACUAUGUCAAAAGACAGUAAAUUUCUUGCUUGAUACUUGAUCAAAGCUUGGAGUUUCAACUUUUUUUAUUGUUAAUUCUUAAGAAAAAGUACUAGUGCCUUUCUUUCUAGUAAUAAAAACUACUAGUAUAUAUUUCAGUAUGUGAAAAUAAUCUUUAUAUAUUCGUGAUUACUGUAUCUUCUAAAUUCAUGUAUGCUGGUUUGUGGAAUAUGGUUUUGAAUGAUUAACUUUCUGAUUAAUUCA